GUGCCUUUCGUUUUAUAAUCCAAGUCAGAAUGAAGUUAUUUUGUUUCUACACGAUAGAAAAUUUUUAACCUGUGAGGAAGUUUUUAUUUUCGCAAAACUUUUAGAAAACAUGUGUAUUGAAUACAAUGUUGAUUUUGAUGAAGUUUGGAAGCUUAGGCUAAAAUUAAUCCAACCAUACAAUGACCAAACAAGUUAAAAUGUAGGCUCCAAGAAAAUGAAUUUCACAAACUUGGGACAAUGGAAAGGGCCUUCAUUCAUUCAUUCAUUCAUUUAAUUCCACAAAUAUCUGUGGAGUGCCCACAAAAGCCAGGUCUAGGUGCUAAGAGCAACAUAGAUGAGUUCCUUGUUCUCAUGGAACUGACAUUUGGUGGGGAGGGGGAGGAAGGACAAACUUUUAAAAAGCUAAUAAGUGAUACAUGCUGUGAAGAACAUAAACAAGGCAAUGCAAUGGCCAAUGAGUGGGGAAGCACUGGAUAAGGAGUCAGGUGACCUAGAGUCUGAUCUCAGCCUGGCCACAACAGUCUCUACAGCUUUCAGCAAGUCACUUCACCUCUCUCUGGCCUUAUUUUUCACACUCAUACAACGAUGAUGAGAAUUUAUGAUAAUCUCUAAUCUUCCUUCCUAGUAUCAUGUCCUUUGAUUUGAUGGUUCGAGACUGCCAUGACUUCCAUAAACAUGAAUACCUACCACAGAGUCAAAGACAAAGCACUCCCUGUGUAAUGGGAGAGACAGGCAUGGAAACACAUCAGGAUGAAAUAGUGUGAAAAGCAGUUAUCUUUUGCUCUUCUCAGUCCAAUACGCCCUACACAUCAGAUGUGUCAUACAAUGAGAAAUAAGUCAGUAAAGAGUUAAAGAGGGCAAUGGGUCAAAGCCACAUCAUCCAAUGAUCCUGCUGCCAGUGGGACAUUUAGUUUUCUGCAAGACUACUACUUCCCACCAGGACUGUUACCAGUUAUAGGACAACAGAGAAAACCCAGUUUCCUUUUCCUUUGUAUUUCUACUAUAACGAGCAUAUAAUAGGUGCUAUGUAAAUUCCCUCUGACAGACACUCAUUCACUACUUUAAUAGCACAGAUUGGCAGACUGGGAUUGAGGGAACUGAAUGGAGAAGAUCCACGGCUGGAGUAUGAUGUUUGGCUACGGAGUGAUUUAGCCAUUUGCUGCUAUGCAGCUUUUAACCUCUUCUUUGCACCGUUUGUAUUUCGUAGUAUUUUGCACGUUCUAGAUUGGCACAUGAAAUACAGACUUAUUUGCAGUCAUGACCAGAACUGUGUAAACAUGGUGUAUUUGUCAGCAAUUGGAAGGGAGCAUGGACGAUAAAAGUGGUUUACUUGACAAGUGGCGCUGUGGAUGAUUUUGUUUGCAGGUAUUUCAUUUUUACUAUGCUUUCACAACAAAAGACAAAGCUAAUAUGCACGACGCACACAGCUGUUCACGCUAUCCUUUGAAGAAAAGGCGCCUCGGAGAACUGACAUUUUUAAAAAUGUAAAAUCCAUUCCAAACCUAAGCCCCUCCCAAAGGGCACGGUCCCACGUUGCUCCACUCAGAAACCCGGGGGGGAAACGUCAGGAGAGCCAUUGCUGCCAGCGACGAUCUGAGGGCGCCUUCCAGGGAUUUAACAGUACGAUGUUCCCCAACCUCAGAGAACCUUCCAAAGAUUCCCUUCCUGGAGUUCCCGCCCUCCACUGGUCACCGUAGCGCGUCAAAGGCCCUAUUCGUCAUCGGAGGGAAAAAUGUACGUCGCGCGAGAUUCCGCGACGGGAUUUUGAAGUUAGGGAACAGCCGCGGCGCAGGCGCACUGGCCUCACAACCUCGGGGCGGCACGCGGGUAGGUAGGCUAGCGCCCAGAGGAGUGGGUGCAGAGCGUGCUGGAGCCUUUUUUCCCCUCCCGCGCAGUGCGUGGGUCUGCGGGUCGCUGGAGGUGCAGAGCGCGGGCUCUGGCUCGGCCACCCAGUGCGCUGUGACUGUGGCGGGCUCCUUCUAGCCCCUCCACGAGUUGGAGAAGUGCAGCGGGCGUGUGCCUCGGCGUUGGGACGAGAACUGGUGCUCGCCUUUUCCUUUUUGAAAGGUCGCCCCAAACGCACACACUCCAGUCCCCUGAGAGUUGCUCUUCGCGCCUUGGCGCGCCCCUCCUCGCCCGGCCCCUCCCACCGACCCCCGUUCCGCUAGCUCCUGGUCGGUGGCCGGCUUCAUCCCCGGGGUCCCAACUUGGGGGCGGAGAAGAUGGCUGGCGGACGUCUGCUGUUGGGGGGCGACUUCCUGUCGCCGCCGCCGCUGCCCCCCCUGCCGCCGCCCCCGCCCGAGCCAGUGCUGGAGCAGUGGCGCUAUAGCCACGAAAGUGACUGGCAGUGGGCUCUGCGGCGCAGCUUCAUCUGUCGGCACCUGCACAGCUAUCCCGGGGCUGCUCUCGACCAGCUUCUCGCGCUCUCCGCUGCCUGGACCAACCACGUUUUCCUGGGCUGCAGGUACAGUCCACGCUUGAUGGAAAAAAUUCUCCAAAUGGCCGAAGGUAUUGAUAUUGGGGAGAUGCCUUCAUAUGAUCUGAUGCUGUCCAAACCUUCCAAAGGUCAAAAACGUCACCUCUCAACAUGUGAUGGUCAAAAUCCUCCUAAAAAGCAAGCUGGUUCCAAAUUCCAUGCGAGACCUCAUUUUGAGCCUGUACAUUUUGUAGCUAGUAGUUCAAAAGAUGAAAGACAGGAAGAUCCUUAUGGCCCUCAAACAAAAGAGGUAACUGAACAAACACAUUUUACCAGCAUGCAAAGAGACAUCUACCAGGAUUAUACUCAAGACUCUUUCAGUGUACAAGAUGGGAAUUCUCAGUAUUGUGAUUCAUCAGGAUUCAUUUUCACAAAAGACGAGCCUGUAACAGCCAACAUGUAUUUUGACAAUGGGAAUCCUGCCCCAAGCAGCACAUCACAGCAGGCAAACUCUCAGUCAGCUCCUGAGCCUUCACCAUCACAGACAUUUCCUGAGUCAGUGGUAGCCGAGAAGCAGUAUUUUAUUGAAAAAUUAACCGCAACUAUCUGGAAGAACGUUUCUAAUCCAGAGAUGACUUCUGGAUCUGAUAAAAUUAAUUAUACAUAUAUGUUAACUCGCUGUAUUCAGGCAUGUAAGACAAAUCCUGAGUAUAUAUAUGCUCCUUUGAAAGAAAUCCCUCCUGCUGACAUCCCCAAAAAUAAAAAACUUCUAACAGAUGGUUAUGCUUGUGAAGUUAGAUGCCAAAAUAUCUACUUAACUACAGGUUAUGCUGGCAGCAAGAACGGGUCCAGGGAUCGAGCUACUGAGCUAGCUGUGAAGCUCUUGCAGAAACGUAUUGAAGUUAGGGUUGUCCGACGGAAAUUCAAGCAUACAAUUGGAGAGGACCUUGUGGUGUGUCAAAUUGGCCUGCCUUCAUACGAAUUUCCUCCAGCUCUGAAACCACCAGAAGAGCUGGUGGUGCUGGCUAAAGAUGCUUCUGGACAGCCGAUUUUUAAUGCUUCCGCCAAACAUUGGACCAAUUUUGUCCUUACAGAAAAUGCAAAUGAUGCGAUUGGGAUCCUUAACAAUUCUGCCUCAUACAACAAAAUGUCAGUUGAGUACAAAUAUGAGAUGAUGCCAAACCGCACAUGGCGUUGUCGAGUGUUUUUGCAAGAUCACUGCUUAGCUGAAGGUUACGGAACCAAAAAAACAAGUAAGCAUGCAGCUGCUGAUGAGGCUUUGAAAAUUCUUCAGAAAACACAGCCCACUUACCCAUCUGUCAAAAGUUCACAGUGCCAAACAGGCUCUUCACCCAGGGGAUCGGGAAAGAAGAAAGAUAUAAAGGAUCUGGUAGUUUAUGAGAAUUCUUCGAAUCCUGUGUGCACACUGAAUGACACGGCUCAGUUUAACCGAAUGACAGUUGAAUAUGUCUAUGAAAGAAUGACAGGUCUCCGAUGGAAAUGCAAGGUGAUUCUCGAGAGUGAAGUAAUUGCAGAAGCAGUCGGGGUGAAGAAAACUGUCAAGUAUGAAGCUGCUGGGGAAGCUGUGAAAACCCUCAAAAAGACCCAGCCAACUGUCAUUAACAACUUGAAGAAAGGAGCUAUUGAAGAUGUGAUUUCAAGAAAUGAAAUUCAGGGCCGCUCAGCAGAGGAGGCUUACAAACAACAAAUCAAAGAAGAUAACAUCGGAAAUCAGCUGCUAAGAAAGAUGGGCUGGACAGGUGGUGGUUUAGGGAAAUCUGGUGAGGGCAUUCGGGAGCCAAUCUCUGUCAAAGAGCAGCAUAAGCGGGAAGGCCUCGGUCUUGAUGUAGAGAGGGUAAAUAAAAUUGCCAAGAGAGAUAUUGAACAGAUCAUCAGAAACUACGCCCGCUCUGAAAGCCACACAGACUUAACUUUCUCUACAGAGCUGACUAAUGAUGAACGGAAACAAAUACAUCAGAUUGCUCAGAAGUAUGGUCUUAAGAGUAAGUCGCAUGGGGUAGGUCAUGACAGGUACCUGGUGGUAGGCAGAAAAAGACGGAAGGAAGACCUACUAGAUCAACUCAAACAAGAAGGCCAAGUGGGGCAUUAUGAACUUGUGAUGCCUCAAGCAAAUUGAGAUCUUCCCAACGUAUUUUGUAAAUGCCUGUUGAGGCAGAUUUGUGAAUUACAGAAAUGCUCCAUGUUCUGGUUGCAGAGUAUAUUCAUUCUUAAGAUGUUUCACCUUGUUCAUUUCAUAUAGUGCUUUAUGAGAUACUGGAAUCUGAAGAUUUCUGUCCACUUGUAUUAGCUUAAUCCAGCAGAUGAUACUGUGCAGUUACUGUUUGUGUCUUUGAUAUUGCUGUGUCCCUCAGGUUUGAGUAGUUUGUACAAAGAAAGAACAAAUAUCUAAGUGGAAUUUCACCCCAGGAAAGAAAUUCCCACUGUAAAGGGCAUAGCACAGCGGUCUGCAACAAUAUGUAAAGUUGAUAUUGACUACAAUGAAACUACAGGCUUAAUUCUAGACCUACUGAACAUGUCAGAUCAUUUUGUAUUAUCUAUCUUCAUCUUUGUGUGAAGCCAGUUAUAGAAUGUUUAACAGUAAAUUGUGCUGUAUGUGUAAAUGUCUUACCAACUAAAUGAUGUAAAACUUUCUUAAAGUAAUUUUAGUGUUCAUUUAUUUAUAACUUCUGCCAUGUGGUUUCCAGAAUAUUGGAAGUGGUUUACUGUAUCUUGUGACAUAUGAAUUUUAACAAAUUCUAGUCUUCAUGCCAAGAGAGCACUACUUGAGAGAGCAGUUGAAAAGUUUCAAAAGCUUUGAUGCAAUCUAAAGAAAGGAAGGUGGAACUAUUUGUUCUUGGUGCCUUGCAGAGAGACUCACAGCAACUCUCCGUUAUAGCUUUCACACGGUCUGGAUGUACAGAACAUCCAAGGUGGCCACAGCUGUGGUAAAACUUGGUAAAAGACUGAAGACCCAUUGGUGCUUUGAUGAGAUGGUCAGUUGGCUGGUCCCUCUCUCAGAAAGCUAUUAAGCCCCCAAAGCCAACUUUGUAACAUAUUUAAAACUGCUAUUUUCACUUAUUUCUGGAAUGUAAAAAAAUGUAUAAAAAAAUUUAGUGUAUGCUUCCUGAAUAAAAAGGAGCCGAGUUGAUCAAAAUGAUAGUAUGCUUAUUUCUGGGCAGCAGCCUAGCAGGGACACUUUGGGUCUUUGGAGAGGGAAAGUGGUGUUUGCACAAAAUAUUUCAACACCAGAGCACAUGUGGAUGAACAUAAUGACUUAGCAAAUCGGAACAGUUGAUCAGUCACCCAUCAUGUUCUCCUCUGGACCAACAUGCUGGCUUCAACCAAAUCUCAGUCUGUUGACUCUUGCAUGGUUUUUGUUUUGUAUCUCAGAUAAAUCUAGUGUUAAUAUUCACAGUAUUACUAUACAAAGAUGAAUAUUAAUAUUGAUAAAUAUCUUCAAUGAAAUGACACUUAGGACAAUUAGGUGGUUUAUUUAGCAGCACACUGGACAUGUAAUUGGCCCACAAUAAACAGUAAUGUCCCCAUUUAUAUUUUACUUUUUUCUUUCUAUAAGUAUUUUAUGUGAAGAAACUGUCCAUUAUUAAAUUUGUAUCUUAAAAAUAUAAAGGGAUUAACUUUUACACUUGGAUCUCUGUUAACUUUUAUUCGCCUAUAAUGAUUAACACAGUGUGUGGUAUUUGCUUUCUAGUAACUCUUUCUUCCUACAGUGUAUGGCCUUUCCUAAUGUUGGUAGUGAGGUAAAUGAGGUGUGCGUUUUAUUUUGGCACUUAAUGUUUUAACAAUGACAAAGGUAACUAAGCUAAAACUUUUAUAGAUUUCACAGGAUUAAUUUUUUUUCCUACAAGGCUCAUGGCAACCUUGAGAAGCUAUGGUUCAAUUAGUGAAUGAGAAGAGCCAGCUUUUAAUU